CAGCCGUGGCUAUCUGGGAUACAACUUAGAUACCCAAUGAUGCCGCCCCCGGGAUGAAAACACCCCAAUUGUGGCGCGUUCUAGACCCUACCCUGCAUACUGCCAACUUUCAUGUCGAUGCUCACCUGCUGCAGUGCAGCUUGAAUCCAAAUCCCGUUGGUACAGCCCAUCAUGGAAUGCCGUCUGUGGGCAGUCUAGAACAAGACGAGACCUGGCUCAAAAAGGAGUAUUUAUCUUGCGAGCCAUCCCAGCACUCAGCAAACACCCAUCAACCUCCCAAACCCCUUUUACCAUACUCUCAGUAGCUUCCAAUCUUCCAAUCUACGUCUUAAACUUCGAGAAUUUAAAGCAAAAUGGUGCUUCUCCUUUACCUACGUUGAUCUCUCUCAUCCACAAUGGAACCAUACUAACUCACCUCCUCU